AUGGAUUUUCCAGAGAUCAAUCUGAUCAGCAAUUUUGAAGCAGGUGUGAAAUGUCUACAAAACCCUUCUCUUUUUUCAAGAUUCUUUUCAUUUUCUCCUAUAGAAAAAGUACCUCAAUUUCACAUUUUUUGGAAAUGGGGUGCUUUAAUUCUAGCAAUUUUAGCUACUUUUAGCAGUUUAGUACGAAAACUCAAAGUUUUAUUCAUUUUAAUUCGUAAAAUUAAACCUUCUACUGAACCCCUUUUACAAUACCUCGGUGAAGACUUCGAUAUUUCCGAUGAUGACGUGGACGACAUCAACAACGAUGAUGAUGAUAAAUGUUCAUCAUCUGAAGAAUCCGAUGAUGAGGAUUUAUUAUUAGAUGAAGGGCAAGAUCGUAAUUUUACAGUUGCAGGUUCGAGUUUUUAUUUUAAGGAAAAAGGGCAAAAUCGUAAUUUGAGGUACAGGUUGACGGAAUUUUCUGCUGGGAAAAAUGUUGUUAAGUUAUGGGAUAGUUUAGGUUUAGGAUUAGAUUAUGAAUAUGAAGAUUUAAGUAAAAGUGUAGUUUCAUUAUGGGAUUUAAAUCAAGAAGUAAAAAUAGAAAAUUUAUUUUUUUCAUCAAAAAAUGAUGAAAACGGUGUCGUUUUGGCUGGUUAUGAUAAGAGAAUGAAAAAUGAGUCACCUGUUAUAUGUGCUGAUUGGGCCGGGUCGGGUAAAUUGGUCGGAGUUAAUUCUAACGGUGACGGUAAAGUUUAUGUUAGAAAUGAAGGAAUGUUAGCGGUUGGUGAUAUGAGGAAUGUGAAAACGCCGUUAGAGAAAUUAACGGAGAUUGAUGAUGACACGUGGUGGGAUGCAGAUGCCGUUAUUGUUGAGGAGAAGUGUAGUUUUGACGAUUGA